AUGGUUGCCGGGGCUCGCUUUCUUCUCGAGACUUCCUUGCCUCAAGUGCCCGAGCUUCCAAAGCCUGAGCUGCCACCACUCCAUAAACCUGAGCUUCCACAGUUGCCAAAGCCUGAGCUGCCACAGUUGCCGAUGCCCGAACUGCCAACGUUGCCAAAGCCAGAGCUGCCAACAUUGCCGAAGCCCGAGCUGCCAACGUUGCCAAAGCCCGAGCUGCCAACAUUGCCGAAGCCCGAGCUGCCAACGUUGCCAAAGCCAGAGCUGCCAACAUUGCCGAAGCCCGAGCUGCCAACAUUGCCGAAACCCGAGUUGCCACCAGUAUCCCAUGUUCCAACUUUGCCAAAGCCUGAAGGUCUCAAGUUGGCAGAAGGGCCCCAUGUCCCUGAGCUUCCAAGGCCUGAAUUGCCACCACUUCCUAAUUCCCCAACUUUGCCAAAGCCUGAGUUACCAAAGUUGCCUGAAUUUCUACCUCUUCCCCAUCUCCCAGCUGACCUACCUAAGCCCACAUUGCCCUCCAUCCCAACCCUCCCCAAGGACACACCCCUCCCUUCUCUCAUUCCACCCCACAAAACCACCCAUCCUUGA